AUGACAAAAAAAAAGAUCAUCAACAACGAACCAAUUAGCCCCAAUGAGGGCUCCGGGUUCAGCAUCCCGGUCAUAAGCUUAGAAGGCAUCGCCAAAGACGCAGGUCAACGUGCCCAGGUGGUCAACCAUGAGAUUCCAGUCCAGGAUCUGGAGGAGAUGAUUGAUGGAAUAAGAAGGUUUCAUGAGCAAGAGCAAGCAGUGAAGGAGGAGAUUUACUCGCGCGAUUAUACCAAGAAGCUGCUAACUGGAGGGACACCUCCUCAGGCUCCCAACCUUGAAGAAUUACCUUCAAUCUGCAGGGAUAUAGUGGUUAAUUACUCGGAGAAAGUAAAGAGUUUAGGGGCCACUUUGUUUGAAUUGUUGUCUGAAGUGCUUGGGCUAAAACCCAACCACCUAAAGGACUUGGGCUGUGCUGAGGGACUAUUUUUUCUGGGUCAUUACUACCCAGCAUGUCCUGAACCAGAAUUGACGAUGGGCACAAGUCAACAUUCUGAUAGUAGCUUCCUCACGGUUCUCCUACAAGACCAAAUUGGUGGCCUCCAAGUCCUCCAUGAAAAUCAGUGGGUGGAUGUUAAACCAAUUCAUGGAGCUCUAGUCCUAAUCUCAAACGACAAGUUCAUUAGUGUGAAUCACAGAGUCUUGGCCAAAAAUGUAGGUCCAAGAAUUUCUGUGGCAUAUUUUUUCAGACAGCAUCUUCCACCGGAAAAUUCUUCAAGACUGUACGGGCCAAUCAAGGAGUUGUUAUUAGAAGAAAAUCCUCCAAUUUAUCGGGAAACUACGGUGAAAGAUUUUGUUGCGCAUUACUACACGAAAGGGCUGAACGGGGUCCCUGCACUGGAAUAUUUUAAGAUAUGA